CGGCGGCAGCGACACCGCCCGCGGUGCCCCGGAAACAGCGCCCGGGCCCGGCAUGGCGGAGGGGGGAGAGGCGGCCGUGCUGGCCUGGAUGGACCAGGCUCUCGACGUGGCUAAAGAGGCGCUGGAGAAAGGCGAGGUUCCCGUGGGCUGCCUGCUGGUCUACAACGGCGAGGUCAUAGGCAGGGGCAGGAACGAGGUCAACGAGACGAAGAACGCUACUCGACAUGCAGAAAUGGUGGCAAUCGACCAGGUCCUUGACUGGUGCAAGCAACACGACAGGGAUUAUAGGGAAGUGUUUCCACAGCUGGUGUUGUACGUAACUGUAGAGCCCUGUAUCAUGUGUGCAGCUGCUCUGCGCUUGAUGAAAAUUCCACGGGUUGUAUAUGGCUGUCGAAAUGAGCGAUUUGGAGGCUGUGGCUCAGUUUUGAGCAUCUCAUCUGAUGAUAUGGUGGACUCAGGAGACCCAUUUGAAUGCUCUUCUGGCUAUCGUGCUGAAGAAGCAGUGGAGUUGUUAAAAGCUUUCUACAGACAAGAAAAUCCCAAUGCACCAAAAUCAAAAGUACGGAAAAAGGAUCGUCGAAAGUAGCCCUACACUGGUGGGACACAGAAACAUAACCAAAAAAUGAUAUGUGAAGGUUUCCACAGCAUCAUGCUUUUUUAAAAUGUGCAGUUCAAUCAAACUAUGUUUAAUUUUCUGUACAGAGGUUUUACUAAUAGGAUACUUAGUAUCUGCUCCCAUGUUUCUAUGUUUAUGACUUCUUGUUAUCAUAAUGACAAAAUGAAAGAAUAAAUGGCUGUUUUUUAGAAAGAGGAAAAUUGGUGGUUCAAGUCCACUUGUUUACAGACAGAUCCAUUAAAUCGGUGCUUUUGUACAGCACAUUCUAGAACUUUUUUUUCCUUCUGUCUGUGGAGAAGUGUGGAGGGCUGGGAGCCCUUGGCACAAGAGCCUUCUGCUCUCCCUUGGAGAAGAGAGGUCUGAGGGCAAGACAAUCUUCCACAGAGAUAAGCAGCCUUCCUCUGGGUCAUGGCAAGAAAGUGAACCACCCCCAGCAUGCCUUGUUUCUAUAUGGUAAUAGCCUGUACCCCGUUGGCUAGCUGGUUUCUACCCCACCCCCUGCCUACCCCAUAUAACCUCUGUCCCCAAGCCCUGAUGUAGGGAGCCUUGUCCUUGUCCCUAGCCACCCCUUCACAGGGACUGCUGGACAAUAAAGGCUACCUCUGUGGAACUGCUA